AGCAAGAGAGAGAGAGAGAGAGAGAGAGAGAGAGAAUGAAAAUAGACCCCGUUGCAAGAGAAGAGAAGUACAGUGAAGUAGCAUCAUAAGCUAAGUGCACAAGAGCUAUAGAGAGGUGGAAGCAAGUGGAAUGGUACACGAGUCAGCAUCUUGGCAGUGACAGGAGGGCAGGAUGGGCCACGGUGCCGAUAACACAGGGGGUGGCGCGCUGGCACUCGUCGGCACCUGGCUGGCCUCUCCGUGGCACCGCACCCCAGGCUAUGAAAUGGUGGUGCCGCUGUGCAUCAAUGUGGUGUUGUCGGUGGUGGGAUUUGGUGUGGUGCUGAGGGCCAUCCCGGCACUCUCCUCUAUGUUCAUUGAUGCUGGACUGUUUGGCCGGGACCUGUGCAAGGCUGACCGCACCAAGAAAGUACCUGAGUCAAUGGGGAUGGUGAGUGGCACGGUGUUCCUGGUGAUGAUGUUCCUGUUCCUUGGUGUUCCAUUUGGCCAGCAUUUCAUUACCUCCUCCAAGCCCUUCCCUCAUGCAGCUUUCUCAGAGUACCUCACCUCCCUGCUCUCCAUCUGCUGCAUGCUGUUCCUUGGGUUUGCAGAUGAUGUCCUCAACCUUAAGUGGAGGUACAAGUUGGUGCUCCCCACACUGGCCUCGCUGCCCCUCCUCAUGGUGUACUACAUCAACCAAGGCUCCACCACUGUUGUGGUGCCCCGCCUGCUGCGUGCCUGGAUGGGCGGCACACUCAACAUUGGUGUGCUGUACUACAUAUACAUGUCAAUGUUGGCCGUGUUCUGCACCAAUGCUAUCAACAUCUAUGCUGGCAUCAAUGGCCUGGAGAGUGGGCAGGCGGUGGUGGUGGGGGCAUCAGUAGCGGUGUUUAACAUGAUAGAGUUGGGUGGAUUUCAGGCCAAGUCUCACUUCUUCUCCCUGUGUGUCAUUAUUCCUUUCACCAUCACCUCACUGGGCCUCUUCAUCCACAACCGGUAUCCUGCCAAGGCCUUUGUGGGGGACACUUUCACGUACUUUGCUGGCAUGACCUUCGCUGUUGUCGCCAUCAUCGGACACUUCAGCAAGACUGUGCUCUUGUUCUUUAUUCCACAGAUUUUCAACUUCCUGUACUCUGUGCCUCAGCUCUUCCACUUUGUGCCCUGCCCCAGACACCGCCUUCCACAGUACAACAAGAAGCUAGACAAGCUAGAGCCCAGUGUGGUGGAGUUCCGGGAUACCAGUGUGCAGUGGCAGGUGAUGGCGGCGCUGCGGCUGCUCAAAUAUCUGAGGCUGGUGCACCUUGAGGAGGGUGUGGGGGAGGAUGGCAAGUUGUGUCGUGUCAACAACUUGACUCUAGUCAAUUUAGUGCUGGUGCUGAUAGGUCCUCAGCACGAAGGAUCUCUCACCACCAAGUUGCUGGUUAUUCAGGGCCUGUGUUCAGGUCUGGCCUUGUUCAUACGCUAUCCCUUGGCAGAUCUGUUCUUCUGAGGAGUGACAAAGGCAUCUCUGCACCAGUACUGACACCAGGUGUUGGGUCACCAUGACCAUCUAACACUUGUGAAUGUUUGUUAACUUUAAAAUAAUCAAAAGACAAACUUGAAAACAUACCUCAUGAAUUAGCUUGAACUGAUUGCUGGCAUUAUGUUUUCUUGAUUACCAUCACGUAUUUGGUAAAGAUGUACACAUUUUCUCUCAACCUGGUUGAGGUCUGCAGUUUGUAUGAAGGGAGUGAAUGCAAUGUAUGCGGAAGUGUUGUAUGCUACUGUGAUAAAAGUGUGUGAAUAAAAGUUUUACUAA